AUGGCCGCCCUCCACGAAGCACUAAAACUCCUAACUGGCACCCACUGGGACACAAUCCCCGCAGACCAAUCCGACCUCCGCACCUACCUCGCCGACCUCUCCACGAAAGCCCGCCUAAUAAUCGACUCCGUCCCCGAACCCCAUUCCUCCUCCUCCUCAUCCGCCGAAACUAACAACACAACCACAUACGGCAAACUAAAACCCUCCCGCGCCCGCCUCGGAACAACAGACGAAACCAUCCUCGCCCACCAACGCGAAUGGAGCAAGCCCGUGAAAGUCGGCAACGCCCGCGAUAACCCGCUCGGGAUCCAGGUGUACAAGCUCCCCGGCGCAGACGGCAAGGGCCACUGGUUCGGCCGGCGUUCCAUACAUGAGGGCUUACCCUUCUCCGUGUGGGAGGAGAAGCUCUCGAGCGAGAUGAAGGAGACACUAAAGAAUAACCAGUGGCGUAUUGAGAGGGGUCUCCCCGCGGACCAGGCAGUGCGGGGGAUCGGUGCGGAGAAGCAGAUUGAGGAGGUGGAGGUACGGGAUGAGGAUGGGGAGACCGUGUUGGGGCGGGUGAGUGUUUAUCAUGUCUCUGCACAGUUCCCGCGGCCGACAACGGCGAGGGAUUUUGUCACUAUGAUCAUCACGUGGGAGCGUUCGUGGAGCGUUGCGAGUGAGGGGGAGGGGAAAGGGAGGGCUGGGCGCAGCUGGAUGAUGGUUUCGAGGCCGUGUGUACAUCCUGAUGUUCCCGAGGUGCAGGAUUAUAUUCGGGGCGAGUAUGAGUCUGUUGAGAUGAUUCGGGAGAUUUUGGUUGAUAGGGAUGAGAGGGAGGGAUCGUCUGGGACUAGCUCGGGUGGGGGUUCGAGUUCGAAUGGGACUGAUAAAGAGCCUGCAGAGGACGAGUCGAACCCAGUCGAGUGGAUUAUGGUGACUCGGUCUGACCCUGGAGGUACUAUACCGCGGUGGAUGGUUGAAAAGGGGACACCGAAGAGCAUCUGCUCCGACGCAGCAAAGUUUCUAGACUGGGCGUCCCAGCCAAAUUCGGGGGCAAAGCAACGCGAGCGAGCAUCCACGUCGAAAUCACAGGCUUCUCAGCCAGCGACUGCAGAUGCGGAAGAUUCAGAGAGCAGCGACUCGGAUCUGAGCGAGUACGAUCAGGAAGAACACCACGGCCUCAUAGCGAGUGUUAGCCAGCUCCUCCAGGCGGGUCUCGAGCGAUACGCACCACAGGCAGUCCUAAGCUACAUACCCCAGCACUCACGCCAACAAUCCGCUUCAGGCACAACAGACGUCGAUAGUAGCUCAACAAACACAGCUCGCGAAGUAACCCCAGAGAGCCAGAGCCGAGACGUAAAAUCAUCGGACACCCAAGACGAGACACUGUCACUCAACUCCGAACUCAACACCGAACCCAACACGCCCGGAGACAUCAACCUCGACAUCUCAGCUGCGGAGCUCCUCCAGCGAACAAAGAAGGGCAAACUCUCCUCACACGAGCGCCAGCUCGCCAAGCUCGCCCAGCAAAAACGCAGCGUCGAAGCCCAGAUUGACCUCGUCCGCUCGGACAUCCAGUCUCUCGGCCUGCGCCCUCCGGAAGACGACGUCAGAAAGGAGAAAGCCGCUGCCCUGGGUUCAGUGGACGUGCCAUCAGGCGGUACAAGUCCCACAAGCAGCACGCAGAAACUCGGCUCCGAGGACCGCACGUCGAGUAGCAGCAACGUGCGCAGCCGCGCCGACACGCCAUCAACCGAACACCCGGAGAUGAACAAAGUCGCUACGGCGCUCUUUCGCGAGGAAUCGAAGCUCGUCCGCCGCCUUGCGAAGAUCGAACGGCACCAGCUCAAGGAAGCCGCGAAGCUCGAGGCACAUCAGCGCAAGGAGGCAGAGAAGCACGAUAAGGCGCACUCGCGGAAUGAGACCGAGUCGUUGCGCCGCGAACUCGAGAGCGUCAGGAAGGAGUGCGAGAAGCUGAAGAGUGAGCGCAAGCAGUGGCUUAGCCUUAUUGGGUCGUUGCAGGCGGAGAAUACGAAGCUUGCGAGGCAGGUUGGGGCAGUGACGGGGGCGGGGACAGCGUCGGGUGUGGAAGGGAAGAAGUGA